CUUAGUUAGACUGUCAGCCGUUUAGUCUCCGUCCCAAACCGGAAUCUACGGCAGAGUUACUACUCCCAGCUGUCCCAUUUCGACCCGUCCUCAAUGAGCACACACUGAAAACACACACACACACACACACACACACACACACACACACACACUGUCUGUGAUUCAUACCAGUAACUCUGUAUUAGAAGCAAUGUUUACUGUUUGGUUUUUGUUUUUUUUUAAAAUUCAUCACAAAUCCUCCUGGCUUCAGAAUGACCCUUCCCCUCAAACCCUGAAGGUAUCCUAAUCGGCCACAUUGGUAUCAAGAAAAGCAGCAGCUCGGCACCGUCCUGGGUGAGGGAUGUGGCCAAGGACGUGGACCAGAGUCUCAUCGAGAAGUUCCUCUCUGAGGUGGACAGCGUCCAGAUUCAGGAAAACUUGAGGGAGUUGACAAAAGUGCCCCAUAUGGCCACCACAGCUGGUGACGAGCAGACAGUGCAGUUUAUGCUAAAGAGAUGGCAGGACCCCGAAACCGGUCUGGACCAGGCCUGGAGAGAGGAGUACAUGGUCUACCUGUCCUUCCCGGACCCAAAGAACCCCAAUAAGGUCACUGUAGUGAGCCCAUCUGAUACUGUGCUGCACACUGCCAGAGAAAAAGAGAAGCCUUAUACCCCGGACCAAAACGAUCCUGAGGUGGUUCAGCCAUACGCCGCAUACUCCCCUGCAGGACACGUAAAGGGGAAACUGGUUUAUGCCAACCAGGGGAAACCAAGUGACUACCAGCUGUUGAGCCAGACAGUUGACCUUAGAGGAACCAUUGCUAUCACCAGAUACGGUGGAGCAGGAAGAGCGGCUAAAGCCAUCAAUGCCGCACCCUACGGUGUCUUAGGUGUGCUUGUCUACACGGACCCCUUGGACAUCAACGAUGGUCUCAUGUCAGAUGUCAAUGAGACAUACCCUCACUCCUGGUACAUGCCGCCCUCUGGUGUAGAGCGAGGAUCCUUUACCACUCACUUUGGAGACAGCCUUACACCCUACCUUGCUGCCAAAGAGGAAACCUACAGAAUUCCAGUCAAGAACAUUACAGGAAUCCCUCCCAUUCCAAUUCAACCAAUCGGAUUUGAGGAUGCCUACAAAUUAAUCUGUGAGCUGGGUGGGAAAGCAGCUCCGGCUGCAUGGCGGGGAGCAUUCAACUGUACCUACAACUUUGGCGGUCCAGGGUUCAAACAUACAUCUGUCUUCAACAACAGUGACGUGAAACUGGACAUCUUCAACCAUGAGGAGGUGAAAAACUCCUCCAACGUGAUGGGAGUUAUCAGAGGGAGCGUCGAGCCAGACAGGUAUGUGAUUUACGGGAACCACAGGGACAGUUGGGUUCAUGGCGCCAUCGACCCGAGCAGCGGGACGUCGGUCAUGCUGGAAUUGACCAGGGUGUUGGGCGUGUUUGUCAAGCAGGGCAAAUGGAGGCCUCGAAGGUCCAUUAUCUUUGGAAGCUGGGGAGCGGAGGAGUUCGGCCUUAUUGGGUCUGCAGAAUACACGGAGCAAUACUUCGCCAAGCUCAGUGAGCGCACCGUCGCUUACAUCAACGUAGAUAUAGCUGUUUUUGCCAAUGCCACCCUCAGAGCUUCAGGGAUGCCAUCAAUGCAGAACGUCAUCUUCACAGCCGCAAAACAGGUCAAGGCACCCGGACUGGACUCCACAUCGGUGUACGACAACUGGAUACAAUAUGCCAAUAGAACAAGCCCGGCCCAUGGAACCAUUCCCAGGGUGGGAUACCUGUCAGGUGGAGGGAGUGAUUACGCGGCCUUCGUCCAUUACCUGGGGAUCACUUCGAUGGACAUUUCAUACACAUAUGACAGGAGUAAAACAAAUGCUCGUAUUUACCCUGCGUACCACACAGCAUAUGACACCUUUGACUACGCCUCAAAGUUCAUUGAUCCCGGGUUCGUCAGUCACCAAGCCAUUGCCAGGACGGCAGGAAACGUCCUGAUCCGAUUGGCCGACAGCCUGUUGCUGCCAUUAAACUGUAGUGACUACGCUGAGAGUCUGGAGGACUACCUCAACACAGCAGUGACCCUAUAUCAAGAUGACCUGAAAUCUAGCAAUAUAUCCAUGGAGCCACUAAAACGAGCAGUGGCCAGCUUUCGCAGUGCGGCGACUCAUCUGGACCAGGUGAUUCGCAGCUCAGACCUGGCAAAUGAAACACCGCUGAAGGUCAGAAGGAUCAACGACCAGCUCAUGCUGCUGGACCGAGCCUUCUUGGACCCUCUGGCCUUCCCAGAUAAAUAUGCGUACAGGCACGUUAUCUGGGCCUCAAGUAGCGCCGGUCAGCCAACCUUCCCAGGUCUGGCUGAUGCCUUUGCCAACGCUGAGUCAUCAGGUAAGUCAACCGACUGGGACAAAGUGCACUACCACCUGUCGGUCCUGAGCCAGGCCAUUGAGGGUGCUGCCCACACACUGGUUGAUGUCAUAUAGACGAAGAGGAGGAACUGCAACCCCCCCCCCCCCUUUAAAAAAAAAAAAAAAAAAAGACAGUGACGUGCAGCUAAUGAGCACUGAUCAGCUCGGCCAUGAUAUGACUAUUUAUGGAUCAUAUUAAGUGAUAUGAUUUAGGAAUAAAUGAACAAAGCUCAUCACCAAACAGUAACAUGAAUGAUGUCU